AUGAGAGGAAUAAAACAACAGCAACUCUCUAAAGAAAGCAGCCCUGUAUUGGCUUGGUCAAAUCCAAAUGAAGUUGCAAUGAUCAAAUCAAUACAGGAUGCCAACUUUAGAGAGUCUGAACUCAAGAAUCAACAAGAAUUGGAUAAAGAAACAAAGAAAAAGAUUAUUGAUCUAACAAAAGAUGAUAUUCAAGUAAAACAAGAGAUACCAAUAGUAAAAAAAGAAAAUGAUAGAUUCGAUCAAUUGGAAAAGAGGUUGUCAAUGUUGUUUGGAGCAAAGGAAGAGAAAUUAAAGAGAAGACAAGAAAAAGAUGAUAGAUCAAUGGAAAUACUUUACAACAACAACAAGUAG